CCCCGGUUGUAGUGUGGCUUCCACUAUCUUCAAAAAGAAAGAUGGGAGGAGACUUGCUGCUGCAUUAUAAACUUUGCCCAAAGCUGUCUGCAACUCAAUUUCAUUCACAAGAAAUGGAAACAAAUCCCACUUUCUUCCUUCCUCACGCCUUCUUCCUACUCCUUACGCUCGCAUGUCUGAUCAACGACACCGCCGCUGCUUUGAAUGAUUCGGCAGCAGGGCCAUCAUCGUCAUGUGUCGGAUCAAUAGCAGAAUGCAGGCAGGAGCUAGAGGUGCUGAUGGAAUCAGAAAUAAGCAGGAGGAUUCUUGAGCAGAAGAAAUACAUCUCUCCAGGGGCUCUGAAAAGGGACCAGCCGGUGUGCAACGGCGGUGCGGCAGGUGAGCCUUAUUCGAGAGGCAGCGGCUGUCUUCCUGAGCCCUCGAAUACUUACAACAGGGGAUGCUCCAGAUACUAUCGGUGUCGGAGUGAUGCGUGAUUCUCAGUGUUACAGAAAUUACAGGGCUGUUUUGUUCUUGGUGUAUUUGCUCAUUCCUGUGUCUUGUGUCUUUAUUAUUAUUUUCUUUUUCUUUUUUUUUUUUUUGUGUGUGUGUGUGUUUGUGUCUUUCAAUUGUCUUUUGUUGUGUAAUGAAAUCAUACAUGGUGGCACUGCUGCAGAUUAUCACAUCAGGGGUCGGAUGUAAUUUAGAAUAGCCUGCAAAGUAGGUUAACAUUACCUAAAAACUCCACAAUUUAGUUUUCGAACA